UAUGAUCACAAUUAUCCUAAGCGCCUUAGUGGUUUCUUUAUUUAUCUACUAGAUGGCGCUUGUCGCAGAAACGCGCAAACUGCUUUGUGUCAUCAUGCUGAUCAUCGCAAAAUUAGGUUAGGCUCUUGGUUCCGAUAUCGUUCUGUGAAUUUUCACAGGUAUGUGUAAAAAAAUAUGAAUGAACGCGCGUGUGCUCUCGUUACAAACGGUAAUCAUACGGAUAUCGUUUUGAUACCGUACAGUAAUCGAACGCUGUUGAUUAUAACGCACUUCAAAAAGUUUGGAACAUUAUUGACGAUAAACCGUGAUUCAUCUAUUAACGGUGCAUCUGUAGAUGAUGUACCUCUAAAUACUAAUAGCGAUGUAUUUACAAUAAAGACACAUUUUGGUAGUGAUAACAAUGACGUUCACGUAGCUGCCAGAUACAUAGCACAACGAAUUGACAUUGAGAAGCCAUUAUUCUUGUCAAUAGCAUUAAAGGAUUAUAACAUAGAGACUCUAAAAGCUAUUGUCACUGCCAUAAAUCAGAUAAAACCGUGGUAAUUAAAAAAAGUUAGAUAAAACACUACAAUCUUAUCGCCAUGAGCAUAAUUUUUGGUCAACUGGUUAUUGGCCCACCUGGCAGUGGGAAAACAACAUACUGUAGUGCAAUGUCCAAGUUUUUGGAAUCCAUUGGCAGAAAAGUGGCUGUUAUUAAUAUUGAUCCAGCAAAUGAAAACAUGGAGUAUACCCCAACUGUAGAUAUCUCUGAAUUAAUCCAACAUGAAGAAGUCAUGACACACUUUGGCCUUGGACCAAAUGGCGCUUUAAUUUACUGUAUGGAGUUUUUAGAAACUAAUGUACAGUGGCUGAUUGCCAAAAUUUUGAAUUUGAAAGAUUACUACAUCAUAUUUGACUGCCCAGGUCAGGUUGAGUUAUACACACAUCACAAAUCAAUGAGCCAGAUAGCAGAAAAAUUGAAUCAGAAUGUAAUGAGAUUGUGUAGUGUACAUCUUGUAGAUUCUCAUCAUUGCAGUGAUCCUGGAAAAUAUCUGUCGUCUCUGAUUCUUUGCACAACAACAAUGUUACAGCUAGGUUUGCCUCAUAUAAAUGUUAUGACAAAGUUUGAUGAAAUGACAAAAUUUAGCAAUUGCUUAGCUUUUAAUGUAGAUUUUUAUACGGAAGUACUGGACCUGAAUUAUCUUUUGGAGAAAUUGGAUGAAGAUCCCUCAACUUCAAAGUAUAAAAAAUUAAACGCAGCAUUGGUAUCAAUAAUUGAAGACUACAGUCUUGUUAGUUUCGUACCACUAGAUAUUUCCAACAAAGCAAUGUUAUUGAAAGUGAAAAAUGCCGUGGACAAAGCUAACGGAUAUAUUUACGGUGGUAACGAGCCGCAAGAUGUUCAAACGCUACUCGCAUAUGCAGUUGGGGCCAUCAGUGAAACCGAGAAAACGUCGACAUUGGAUGAAUAUUUAUGAAAAUAUUUUUCAUUUCAAUUCUUUAAUUUUGAAAUUUAACUUACGCUUAUUUCUCAUUUAAUACAUAAAUCGCCGUUACAUUUGUCAUUAUAUAACAAUAUUUUGAUGCACUGUGUAUCAUAUCUAUAAACAACAAAUGCCACAAAGCUGACAAAAA